AUGAGCAUCGCUCCCACUGCGGCGGAAGCGGCGAAAGUCGCCAAACAGCUGGGCUCAUACAUUUCUGAGGCCAGCAAAUACGGCCUGGCCAAACGCACCCAGAUCAUCGACCCUCGACUUUGCAGCGACGUGUUGACGCGCCUUCGGCCGUCUCUUGAGAGACACAAAGGAUGUAUCUUGAUAGAUGUCAACCCAGGCUUGGGCCUGUGGUCCGAGUAUCUCCACAAGCUCGUCAAGCCUCGUCAACACAUACUGUCCAAUCCCUCGAAGCACUUCUAUAAGCCAUACAUUGAGCCGGUCAUUCGCAGACACGAGAAAUCCAUGUUGACGAGUGACAUGGGACUGGGCGAGAUCCUACACAGCGACCGCUUCUUUGGCAAGGCUUCCGCGCAGGACGAACUCGAGCGUACGACUACAGUCAACAAUGACAUCCUUGUCACCAUAAAUUUGGCUGGACCAAGUCAGCACAAUCUGAAAUCGAUUCGCGGACGUCAAGAUCAAUACUUUUGGAAUAAUCUGUGGGCUUCUCUCGUCGAUGGCAUGCGGGACGACGUCUUCUACCGGGGCCUUAUUCGCAUACUAGCAUGGGUCCCUGAUGAAGCUAAGUACAGCAUCGUGCCUCGCUCUGCCGAACCCGUCAAUCGUCAGAGCGUGCAGGUUCAAAUGAUUGCGAAUGUGACGGAAGUAGCAGGAGGCUCAGUUCUUCUCGGCGAUCAUGCGCAGAGACACCGCAGGCCUCAUCAACUGGAGAUGGAAGACCUGGUCGAUCGUGGCAAGCCGCAUGCUGAGACGGAUUUCUCGGCAGCACGAAUCGAUCUGCCUCCCUUACCAGCGGCCGUGGAACUUCAACCCAAUGUAGCGACUCUCGCAAAUACCGACCACAUCGCUCGCUUUCCCUGGCUUGAUCGGCUGAUCGAGCUUGAUCGACAAGUCUUGGAGAUCGAUCCGACACUGCACAAGGACUUAGAGCUUGCAAAGUCAUCUCGUAGGACUUGGCUUGUCCGUUCGAAGGAUCCAGUGAUCAAAGAAUGGUCCCAUCACUAUAGCGUGACUCGGACCAAACACGCCGUCUAUCAGCGUCAGCUCGAUUUGAUCAAUGAGCAGCGCGCCAUCGAGGCAGAGUGGCGUUCCACACCAAACGACGAGGACCCACGCGUUGCACCCCUCAAGGACCGUGCUGCCGAAGUUGUUGCUCAGACCAACAAAAUGCGCAAAGUGGACGCGGCCGGUGUCCGGAAGCACAUCGAUAGCUACCGUCUGUACGACAACAAAGCCAGUCACUGGUGCAGCCGCACCUACAAUCCUCUGAUUACGCAUCCCCGUGAGUUUGCGCACGCAACGCCAACAACGCUGGCUUUGCUGGACAUUCAGCCCCGGCCCGAAUUUCGCCAGGUCUUCGAUACCGAAACCAAACAUGCUUACCUGAGUCAUGUCCUGUCGCACUUCUGCAGUCGGCCUGCUACAUCAAUGCACGAGUUGAUAGAGAGCCUGCUCAACAGCAGUGGGAUGGAUGAUUUCAUCGCAACGGUGCCGAAUCUGCGCAAUGUGCGGAUGGGUGGCUGGUAUAAUCUGCAUGACCUGAGGCCCAGAACGCUGAGCUCGAGGCUUUGGCAGGACUUGGCACUAGCAUAUGCUGAGUGGCCUUUCCGACUGAGCAUAGACACUCUGACGUUCGGCAUGAAGAAUGCGAAGAGAAGCCUCGAAGAACAUGAUCAGAUCUAG